GAUAUCUUGUCUCUCCUUUUUUACUCAAUAGGGUUUUACUUUAUCAACCUUGAUUUUAUUCAUUUUUCAAUUUUCCUUUCAUAUACACUUCACCCUCUUCUUUUAAUUUGGUGUUUUUGUUCAGUCUACACCUUUUAAAACUUUUGGUUUGUUUUGGGCUCUCUCUCUCUGUAUAUAUAUAUAUAUAUAUAACACCUACUAAUCUACCCAACUGUUCUCCCCUUCCCACCCAUCAUCAUGAGUGAUCCCUAUUCCAAUUACUUCAAUGGGUGGUUCAAUCCAAACCCUGUGCACCACUUCUCUUCUUCUACCUCUUCUUCAAACCCACCUUUCCAUUGUCCUUUUGGCUUCAACUUGUACCCUAAUGACAUCAAUAGUUACUACCACUCCUCUCUUCCCUCUCCUCCCUCUCCUCCCCUCAGAGAAGCCCUUCCUCUCCUCAGUUUGAGCCCAAUAAGACCUGAACCUCAAGAGAGAGAUUCAUCUUGCGCUGCCAUGAUGGAACUCGACAACAACACCAAGGACAAAGAAGAGAACUUCAGCUUCUUAUUAGAUAGAUCUGCUGAUGAUGAUGAAACUGUGACUGUAGCUCUACAUUUAGGUCUCCCUAGUCCUAGCUCUGCUGAUGCUGAUCUGAUCUCAAGACUCUCUUCCUCGACAGAGAUGACAGAUGCUAAUAAGGAAGAAGAAGUCACUGUUGCCUCGGGGUUUCCCAUAAGCCCACUCAACAAGGGACAGUAUUGGAUCCCAACCCCUUCUCAGAUUCUGAUUGGUCCAACACAGUUCUCAUGUCCUCUAUGCUUCAAGACCUUCAACAGAUACAACAACAUGCAGAUGCAUAUGUGGGGACAUGGAUCACAGUAUAGAAAAGGGCCAGAAUCUCUAAGAGGAACACAGCCAACAGCAAUGCUGAGGCUGCCUUGCUAUUGCUGUGCAGCAGGGUGCAGGAACAACAUCGAUCACCCGAGAGCGAAGCCUCUCAAAGAUUUUAGGACCCUUCAGACCCAUUACAAGAGAAAGCAUGGAAUUAAGCCAUUCAUGUGCCGCAAGUGUGGUAAGGCCUUUGCAGUGAGAGGUGAUUGGAGAACCCAUGAGAAGAAUUGUGGGAAGCUCUGGUAUUGCACUUGUGGUUCUGAUUUCAAGCACAAGAGGUCUCUCAAGGACCAUAUCAAGGCCUUUGGCCAGGGUCAUGCACCUUAUGGGAUUGACUGCUUUGAUGAAGAGGAUGAACCCGAUUCUGAAAUCGAGCAAGAUAAUGUAUCCUUACACUGAUAUGUAAAAACAAGACAAGUCAAUGCACGAGACUGUUUCAAAUGCUAAAGGGUCUGAUAAAGGUGAGAUGUAUGCAGAAAUUAAUGGCUAUGAAAUGUGAAGUGUCUCUCAGGUUUUGAGUUGAUAUAUAUAGUGAUUUGUUGGUUUGGCACAUGAGUCAUGACAUGGGCCAUUGGCUAAAUGAGUAAAAGGACAUCCCAGCAUUGCAAUUACUUUGAGAGAUUUCCUUUUGUUUGCUUUAACUUUUCCCUUUGACUUGCUCCGAAUUGCAGUCUUUCAGAUGCCAAAAUACAAACCAAGGUUUUGUAAAUCUAGUUUCUUUUCGUUUCCACUCUCUCUCUCUCUCUCUCUCUCUCUCUCGUUCGUAUGUGUGUAGUGAUGGAACUACUUGCUGUCAAUGGAGCAUGCUCGAAUCCGUUUUACUUGCUGGUAGCCCUUACAGCACCACACCUAACCAGGAUAUAAGCUUAUAAAUACAUAAGUAUGUCUAUGUGGGAUCCAUGUAUAUACCUAUGUAUAUUUACAGUACAUGUACAGCUUUUCCUAAGUUUGUAUAAAUAUAGG